ACCAACUGAGCCACCCAGGCGCCCCAUCUGGUAACUUCUUCUUAAAGAUGCUUUUGUUCUUCAUUUAAGAAUCGUCACCGAGUGAUGACUCUAUGAUUUCGCCACUUAGUGAAGACUCUCAGGCUGAAGCAGAAGGUGUGUUCGUGUCUCCAAACAAACCUCGUACAACUGAGGAUUUGUUUGCAGUCAUUCACAGGUCCAAGAGGAAAGUACUUGGAAGAAAAGAUUCUGGGGAUAUGUCCACUCGAAGCAAAUCGAGGGCUUCUCUUGGCGGCGGCAGCAGCAGCAGCGCCGGUUCUGUCACUCUGCCCAACAGCAACGUGACCACCCCAAACAGCCAGAGGUCUCCUGGCCUCAUCUACCGAAAUGCCAAAAAGUCCAACACAUCGAACGAAGAGUUUAAGCUGUUACUCCUCAAGAAAGGAAGUCGCUCAGAUUCUAGUUACCGCAUGUCUGCUACUGAGAUCCUCAAGAGUCCCAUCCUGCCCAAGCCUCCAGGCGAGCUCACCGCUGAGUCCCCACAAAGCACCCAUGAGGCCCAUCAGGGGGCACCUGGGGCCGAGGCAUUGUCCCCACUCUCUCCAUGCUCCCCAAGAGUUAAUGCAGAAGGGUUUUCCUCAAAGAACUUUGCCACCUCAGCAUCGGCAAGGGUUGGCCGUUCGCGAGCGCCCCCUGCGGCCAGCAGCAGUCGCUAUAGCGUCCGCUGCAGGCUGUACAAUGCGCCCAUGCAGGCCAUCUCUGAGGGUGAGACAGAAAAUUCUGAUGGGAGCCCACAUGACGACCGAUCCUCCCAGAGCUCAACAUAGGUGGCCCGGGCCAGGCUGGCUGCCAAAGGCCAAAACCCUUAGUCAUAUGAGGAUGUAGGAACAGAACAGAGGACUGGGGAGAAGUCAGCACACCAUGGGGUACCAUCACUGCUUACCAACGAAUUCCUAAAUAUUUGCGGGGGAAAUGGAAGAUGGUCUUUCUUGAUUAUUUUCCACAUUUUUAAGUAGCUGCACUGUCUUUCAUAUUUUUCUUUAGCUUAGUUUGAUUUACCCAAUCUCAUUCCUUUUGAUAAUAUAGAAUUUGAAAAUGUCUGCUUUUCAUGAAACCUAGAAAAAGUUUUCCCAGAGCUGCCUAUUCAGAAAACAAAGCCCUCACUGUCAUAAUUCUUAAGAAGAUGAAAUUACUCUGGAGGUUUGGUAUUUUUUUAUAUUAAAAUGAACUAAAGCAAAAUUCAGAAGAACUACACACAUGUAAAUACCAUAUUUUUGAUAAAAAUGUGUAAAUAGAUUUAUCAAUGACGAGUGGACAUGUGGCCAAUUAUCUACCACACACCAACUGUUUAUAGAACACAACAAAUAAAGUGUAAUAAUUGUAUUCUGUGAAUACCAUUUUCAUAUAAAAUACCAUAUUUAAAUGUCCACCAAUAUGAUUUUCUGAGUGAUAAACCUCAAUUAUGAAUUUUAAACUGGUGAAAUAAAGAAAAUCUUGAGGUCAUAUACUGAAAUGUGAUUAAUUUAAAAUAAUGAAUUCAGACCUCACCAUUUUUGUGACAAAUUGCAGCACCAAACAAGUGAAUAGUAACACAUGGCUAUGAUUUGCCAUGUGGUAAUUUGGACAGAAUGAAAAGCAUGCUUUUGAUUUUUUUUUUUAAUCAAUGAGAAAAAUCAUCAUUCUCAACACAAAGCCCUGAAGAACAACAUUUGACAGUGUCUUUUAGACUUUUAAGUUUUCAAUGGAUUGCUUUAAAGAGAAUGAAUAGGGAAAACAAUAGUUAAUUUUAGGUUAUGUUUUAUAUUAGGCUACUGGGGACAUAAACAGUCAUAAACUCCUUAAACAGUUUAGCAAUUAGCUCCAGGUUCUUUAACUAACAAAAAUAAAACAUAAGCAUGCCACAGAGCUAUUGAUUUAUCAGUAAGUACCUGCAAUGAGUUUUCAGUGAAGCUUUCUCUCUGUGCUGAUGAGAUUCAUGCUACCUAAAAAGUAACAGAAAUGACACUGUGAACAAUAUAGUUGGGAAUUAGGUAUGUGUAUAUGCAUUAUUUAUAUUCACUGUUAAACCGGGAAUGGGGAACAGCUCUGGUUCACAAUGCUACAUACAAAUGAGUUUUUGUCUGAUUUUACUAUAUCUGCUUGAUGGCAAAAGGGGAGGGUGGUGGGUGGGAAAGGAAAUAUCAGGGCAAGUGCUCUGAUAAAAUGAAGGCAGGGAAACAAGCUGAAUUACUUGAAAUUACUUGAAUUUUCUUGUCUUAAAACUGAAAAAAAGUAGUUACAAGUUGAAAUCUGCAAAUGGUUCUUACACCUCUGAUUUUAACGUGAACUGAUACUAAUGUUUGAAAUAUGUCAGAAAUAUAAGCAGCUAUGUACUUAGAAUAUGUUUUGAAUGGGACAAGGUAGAAAGUAAAGAGAACUAAGAAGGGAUAUGGCCUAUAAAAGAAUAGAAUGUGAUUAGAAUGCUAGAACAGACCAGCAUUACCAAGAAAUUGAUAAGCAACUGGCUUUAAGUUUAUGCAAGUGGUAUUUGGGAAAGUAGGAUGUGUGAAAGCGGGUUUGUGGCUUUGGUUUGAUUCAUACAACAUGAAGGAGAAAGCCUGGUCUAAGAGGAUGCUGUCUUUCAAUAGAAACACUUUCUAAGAUGUUAUAGAUUGAGAAUUAGAGAAUCUGAUUGCUGUUGGUUUUUGUUUGUUUGUAAAGAAAAAAAAUGUCUGUCUUCUAUUUGUUUUCACUAUCAAAUUGUAUUUCUUAAUUUCUUGUCAUCCUUGUAUGUAAAAUGGGUCCUGGGGGUGGCGGGGUACAGGAGGGAGAAUGUGUGUGUGGGUGUGUGUGUGGGUGUGUGGGUGUGGGUGCUUGCGCUGGGAUAGAUAAGCUACUUGGUAAAGGGUACAUUUGAACAUGUAUAAAGUGUUAUACUUUUUAUGAAAAGAAAAAUGGGGGUUUGAAAAAAAAUGGACCAUUUCUCAUUGGAACCCAUUAGUCAAGAAAACCAGCAUGGUUUGACACCACAUGGGAACAUGAAUAACUUUUUCUCAUGCUUUGAAAAGUACACUUGGCAAAAUUUUAAAAAUAAAGUUUUUAGACAAAUGCGCUAAGAAACCGUCAUUUCCAGUCCCAAUAGGUGAUCUUUUGUAAUUUUCAUAAAAGCAGUUCGUUUGCAGUAUGGCUUUUGUGUAGUUAGGGGUUUUUUAAGCGUAAAGAAAGUAUGUGGGCUUUAAAAGUGAUUCUAAGUCUUGAAUAGGAAACCCAUCAAUUGGCUUUAAUAAAUAUGUCACCUUUUUAUUAUUGACAUCAAUUUAAGUAAUGGUACCAUAUAUUUUUUAAAAUACAUACUGACUUGAAUUGUGAGGCAAUAAGAUUCCUUCUAUAUGUAAUGAUCACAGAACUAACCCUUAUAAUAUAGUUUUACUUAUUUUGUUUACUCUAAAAAUCUAUAGCAGAGUUUCUCUAUUUUAUAUUUCAUAGAUUUAAAAAAAACCCAAAUAAUGAUGGAUUUUAAAUUCACUGUGUUGAGUAUUGAGUAACUGAGUUAAAAAAAAAAAAAGUAAGGAAUUCCUUAGUAAUCUGGAAUAUUCUACAUGGCUUUAUUACAUAGCAUAUAAGACCAAGAAUUAGAGGGCUGUCUUCAACAUCACUACCGUUUUGAAGCAGGGUACACACAUUAGGUAUUGUAAAAAACAUCAAUCCAAACUUUUCUUCUGUUGUUUGCACUGAUGCUAAUUUUUUGUUCUUUUAUGUUUAUACAACAUGUCUGUGUUGUGUGGGGAAAAUUUUUUUUUCCUUACUUUUUGGUUUUUUGUGUUUGGGGUGUUUUUUUGUUUUUUGUUGGUUUUUUGUUUUUUUUUGGCUAAGUAGAGGACAUGGACUAGUUGUAGCAAACAAAACACACUGUUUGCUCUUGCCAAAGGUCAGUGAGUGAGUACAUUUGCUGCAGUGAUGGCAGACUUAGAGAACUAGAUCAUGACAAAGGUUUAAAACUAUAAAGAAGGUUACAGUGUAACUAUUUUGGUACUAGAACCAGUUCAUGCUGGCCAAAAAGACAAUGGUUUAUGGACUUGCAUCCAUUUUGUAUUUUUGUAAUAUUUGUAAAUAUGAACUUUUUAAAUUGUCGCAGAAAUGGUUUCUUUUGUAAGAUGUUUUCAACGUUUACAUUCAAUUCAAGCCUUUGUAUAUUUUAGAGCUGUGCAACACUUUAAGUCUUGUAUUUAUUUUUAGUAAAAAUGGUGACAGUUUCAUUGUGAACCCCUCUCAAAAAAAAUGUACCAGAAAAGUUUGAUUACCUAGAAAGUGUGUAUAGAAACUGCAAAUAAACGUGACUGCAAUUAAA